ACCUCCUGGAACCUAAGCUCUUCUAAUGCCUGGUUAGACUCUCAAGUACCAUGCCCGCCCCCAGUAAAUUGGCGGCCCCAGGCACUGAAGGCCAGUGGACACUCAGGAGGACACUCCCCGUCACCAUAACGUGCUUUCAUUCCUCUCUGACCUUCCUGCACUGAGUCAGGCUGACCCCCAGCUAGACUCCAUGUGCUAAGAGACUUCAAACUCCAUUACCAUGGCCUUCCUGGUAAUGUUGCUAAGGAGAGCGGCCCAGCCAUCAGUACCAGGUGUUGGGCCCAUCAGACUAAUGAGAAAAUGAAAAGCAAAAGAGCAACCUCCUGGACGAUGAAAAGUCUUUUUCCAUUAAUUUUCCCUUCAGCACGAGGCGAGGGAGCCUGUGCCUAGAGUCCAAGGUCCAGGCCCCCCCGUCCACCACCAAGUUCCCUGGCGCUACGCCUCCAGGAGGGCGGGGCACUGCCACUUUACUGUGUCUUCCCAGAAGCCACCGCGUGACUCCUCGGAGAUAAAAAGGCGGGAGUGAGGCGGCGUUUCCAGACCAGUGUGGGGGUUGGCGCUGUGGGCCUGUUGUUUUUUUCUCACCUCUUUCAUUCCUCUCGGGCUGCCCCGCAGGCCAGGCCUGAACGCUGGUUCCCUCCGGCGUAGCUCGGUUCCUCAGGAAGAAGACGAGACAGGCCUUCGAGGACCAAGAGCCCUCCGAGGCCUGGCGGUGGGGUGGCAAUGUGGUCACUACGGGUCUGUACACGCAAAAAGCGGGCCAGCCAUAGGCUCAACCUAACCCCAACGCCAGAUCUAGGUGCCCUGGCUAAGGCGGAGGCCCCGUCAGGGCCCGGCCUGAAAAGAAGUGGCAAAACGCGCAGUUUGCAGAGAAUCACAGAGAAAUCAGAGCGGAGUCGGCUGGGAGGUAGCAGCUCUGGGCCACCGAGCACUCAGUUAAGAGGUACAGGAGAGAAAAGCCUGCAUGAAAAUAGCACUAGUGAAGAAGCCCAGGAUGAGAAGAUUGCUCCAUUGAGUGAGUCAGUGACAGAUGACCUCCAGGUUGAUAGUAGUUUAUCAAAUAGUGAACGAGUAUCAGGACUAAGUUUACAGCAUGAUAUUUCUAGCUCUCUUCUAAGUUACUCAAUCACAGACUCUUAUACAGAACACAAGACUUCUGAAGAGAGUUUAAGUAGCUUCCCAUCGCCUGAACUCUUCAGAGGAUCAGAUUAUUUAGAUUGGGAGUGUCCCAUGUUGGAAGAAAACUUGCUGUGUAAGAAUUCCACUCUUUUGGACACCAGUAAAGCAGUACCGAUACAGAAGGCACUACAGUUUUCAAACCUCUCUGCAAUUUUAGGUACCUCUUCAGAAGACUAUCAGAAAUGCCAUAGGAAAGUCAUGAUGAUGUUAGCACACCAAAGUAUUUCUCCAAAACCAAAGAGUACUGCAAGUUCAGAAUCAGAUAAUGCAUCUUGUGGAGUUUUACUUGCUGAGAAAAAUUACCCUUCAACCCCUCAAAAAACAAAGAAAAAAAACACACAUUCCAGUACUUCUGAUAAGAAAAGCAGAGGCCUGUUAACAAGUACUCCGUCUUCACAAACAGCUAGUUUAAUGAUUGAUUUGUCCUCAGUGCAAAAAACAUCUUUUGAAGAACUGUUUCCAAAUGUCAGCAAUUAUGUUAAUUCAAAUGAAAUUGUUCCUGUGUCAACUUUGCAAGAAAAUUCUUCAAAUGAGUUUCCUUCAAAUACAUCAGAAAUAUGUUGUAUUAUUAAAGCAUCACCAGGAACUAGACAAGUGGAAAGUAAAGCUGUUAUUGUAAGGAAGAAGAAAUAUUCUCUUCCUAAAGAUACUCCUGAAGGUACUGUAGUAUGA